AUGAGUGAUAUCAAACCAUAGACUGCUAAGAUUGUUUCUAGAUUGAGAUUUGGACUUCAGCAAGAAAAUGAUUAAUAGGAUGCCAAUAAGAUACAAACCAAUUUAAUUGAACAUUAUGAUGCAAGAGAUUUACGAUUGCAAGAUUUGUAGGAUUGCUAGAAAGUUUACAAGGUGAUCAAGAAGGAAACCACUACCAAAUGGAUUUUAUUAACUAAAUUGGAGGAAUGCAAAUAAUAAAUAAAAAUAGAAUUAUAAUAUUUAAGAAAAUUAGUGAUUUAUGUUUAGAAUCAUAAUAAACAAGGAUUGAAUAAAUCACAAAUGCUUGAAAUAAAUUAACUAUCAGCACUCUUAAACCUCUUUCAAACUUAUGUGGACCUUUUCGAAAACAAUACAUAUGAUAGAAAAGACAAACUAAAACGUAUUAAAACUGUUGAACUCGAAGAUAAACAAAAGGCGAUUAAUGAAUGGAAAAAAUGGAUUAACAGAAAUGAGAGUUUCUUAGAACCAAUCAUUUCUGAAUCUAAGCAAAUCACUUUAAAGGUUAUCGAGGAAGUCCUAACUUUAUCUUAUGAUCUUAAAUACCAAAUAUUGCAAGAACCUGACACCAUUGAUCCUGAGAUUAGAUUCAAGAUUUAAGAAGGAAAUUAAGUCUUGAUUAAUACAAGCGAAGCAGAAAUCAAUUUGAAGAAUUUCAAUAUAUGUAAUCGAUUAUUAUCAACAAUUAGUAUUGAUAAUUUCAAUUAUCACAUCCCUAAACUCUAAGAUAUGAAUCAAUUAAAUUUAUCUGAAUUAAAGGAAAUGAAAAGAAAACUUAAAAAUAAGUCAAAAACUGAAAUUAAUUAAAUGAAUUCAGGCAAGACCUCUCCAAAAAAGGAGGAAUCUGUUCACCAGCAAAAUGAAGUUGAUAACUGCUUAUAUCAAUAUCAGAAAGAAAAGCAAAGAAUAAGUAGAGUUGACAAAGCAAAUUAUAAAUAAAAUAUCAAAGACUCUUAGAGAGAAGUGUUUAUAGCAAGAAACAAUUAAGGAUCGAUUCAGAAAUUACAUUAGAGUUUUGAUAUCAAUAAAUUAAACACAAGCAAGGGACAUCGAGAAUAUAUAAUCUCUAUGAUAGAUGGAUAACUAUUAAAACCAUAUACUCCUUUAGCUAGACUGAAAAAGGAUGAAUCAAGAGAAAUAUUCCAAAACUUUCGUAAUAAUGAUAGUUACUCUCAAAAAUAGAGUUUGAGGAAUGUAUCUCCUUAAACUUUUGUGGAAAGAAUAUCUUAAAAGAUUAAUGAUAUUACAACUUGUGAAGAGAAUGAAUUUCAUUCAAAAUUAGAAUUCCCAGAACUCUAAUCCCAAAAGUAGUAGGGCCAAAUUAAUAUGGACAAUCGUAGAGGAGUGAAAAAAUAAUACAAUCAGAAGUUUAUCUAACAAGUUAAUAACAAUGAAGUUAAAUUAGUUAAACAAUGCUAAGGUAAUAAUUUCUAAUUUUAUGAAGAUUUCUACACAACUAGAAUGAAAUUCAACAAUAAAUUCACUGAAUUAGUUACAACUUUGUAAAAGGAUCGUCCUUUGACUUCCAGUAUUAGAUCAAGGUCUCUAACAGUAAAUUAGAAUUAAAGAUAAGAGAAUAUCUAAAAAGUAAGAAAAGUGGCUGAAAAAGCGCGUCAGAAUUUCUUUCUUCGAAAUAAGGAAUAAAGAUUAUGGCUUUAAAAUCUGGCUCAAUAAUACAAAUUAGCUGAUUCAACUAUUUAGCAUAUCAUAGAACAAUUAUCAUACAUUGUCUAGGAGGGAUUAUUUAUCAAGGUAGAUGAUAUUAUCUCUAUGUUAAAACAAAUUGAAGAUUCUUCAGAACUAACUAUGACUCCAAAAAGUUGUCAGCUUCUAAAUCAAAUAUUCGUCUACUUUGGUAUACAAAUCUCUGAAUUAAAUUAACAUAAGAAAUUUAGGAAAUUCAAUACAAAUCUUGAUUGA